AUGGCCGAACAAUACCCGCCAAGCUUGGUCUUGUCUGCAAUUGCUGACCAUCUCGACCGUCACCACAGCGAGAUUCGUGUUACUCUACCCACAAACCGUUUUACGCUUCAACAAGGACUGAGUGCUAUUCUGGACUGUCUUGGUGAACUUUCUGACCAUGUUUCACUACCGACCUCCAACCCAGCCCGGCGCCAGGCCCUCAGACUCCAGGCGCUGGAAAACAAAAAUGCGUUCGACGAGGCUCGACCUUUCUCAUCAACCCGGCAGAUUCGUGUCCCAGGAAAUCUGAAGCCUGAAGACCAUCCACCAUCCCCCUCUCCCAACCGCCGCGCCUUGUUGAAGCAAAAGUUCCUGGAUGAGGAUGGACCUCCUUUUAGAGACCUUUCCUCUUAA